CAAACACCCACCGAAAAUUUCCCAAAAAUUUUUUUCAGUUACCUCCAUCAUUUUCAUUUCACUAUUUCAGAAUUUUUCAGUUCGUCCCUCUGUAAUUUCAACCUCCAGCUCCGCCAGCCAGAAGCUUAGCGAUUAACCGCGUAAAAGUAUAAAAAAGAUUGGCCAGGAUGAGUCACUGCGAUACGCCUGCGAGUUUCGGGGAAUCAGAACCUCCUCACAUCAAGAAUUGGUUCUCGAGCUAUGAAUAUGAAUCUUUUGUGCUUGAAACCAAUGAUAAUUUUGGAUUUUCCGAGCAUCAAGGAAGCGAAGAUUUUGAAAAUGAGUGUAGUACCGGAAACACAAUAAAACAAACCGAAAAUUCAAGGGAGUUGGUUACAAAUGGGAAAAACGAAGGUGUGUUGAUCAAAUGUAACCAAUCUGAGGAACAUAACAAGUGCCAAAAACAGGUUCUUGAAUCUCAAGAUUCGCCUUUGCUCACCCCCGAACCUCCUAGCAUUGAGAAUUGGUUCUCAAGCUAUGCAUACGAAUCUCCGGUAAUGGAUACUAUAGGUGAUGAUCAUAAAGAGUGUAUGGUUGAUUGUAAUGAAAAGAUGGAAUUUAAAAAAGAAGAAAACUUGUGUGUUACUCCUGAUGAUUUGGUUUGCGAGCAAACCUCCAAAUGCGAUAACGUUUCAACAAAAGAUGACAAAAACUCAACCGAUUUACCUACCAACGCUGCAAAUGUGAAUUCAUUUGAAAACAGAAGCGAAAAGCUUGAAGAACCCGGGGAUGAUUUUGUAAGCUGUUUAACGAAAGAUGACAAAAAGUCAACCGAUUUACCUAACAACGGCGCCCAUGUAAAAUCCUUUGAAACUGAAAGCAGAAAGUUUGAAGAUUCUGGGAAUGGUUUUGUAUCAACCAAAAGCAAAAAAGAAAACUAUGAAAAGUCAAAGCGGGUCAAAGGUGUGGGUCAAAAGAGAUGUGUAGAUUCACCUGUUAAUAAGAUGAAGAAAAGUGAUGAAAGGGUGACGCUUGGAGAUGUGACAAACAUACUUGAUGAGCAUUCAAAUGUGACUGGAAAAUGGAAGUGUCCAAGGAAGAGGAAACCGGAUGUUGGCCCGCCAUUAAAGCAGCUUCGGCUUGGACAAUGGUUUCAUCAUGUAUAAUAACUGUUUGUUUUAAUGCGUGUUAUGAGGUUAUUGUAGUUGUUGGACAACGGUUUCGGUUAAAUGACAUUAUGCAUGAUUUAAAUGGAGUGAUGAUAAUGUUGUUAGUU